AUGGUACGAUGCACCACUCGAGGCACUCUUUCCGGCCGGGAAGCUUUCCCCACGCGGGUUUUUCUCCUGGUCGGUUUUAAUGAGGCCUCAAUUUCACGACAACUCAAGACAAUCUCUUGGAAACAUGGACGGCUCAACACUGCCGUCUGGGAAUGGAAAGAAUCUGUUGGAGGAAUCGAAUCCGUCGAACAUGAAGAAGAAAAGGGCAUGGCAACCCGUGCCACCCGAUGA